AUGCCCAACGCACCCGCGCGCCCCCCUUCCCCAUGCCGCAUUGGUGCUGCGCUCGCUCCCCGUAGGCUUUCAAUCCUGGCGCUGGGCCCUCUGAGGCUGUCGGUCGUCCCGGUUGCGGUGUGGAGGGCGCUGCCUUUUGCCGAGACGGCCAAGUACACAGUACUGGAUGCAGACGAGGCCACGCGCUACAGCUCGCGGCGGCCUUGGCGCAGCCCGCUCCCAGCAGGCGUUGAGGCAUGCUUUCGCGUCGCAGGCAUGGGGCGGUGCGGCGAGGGCGGCGGCGCGUGGCGCGCCGCGGUCGAUCAGAAGCUGGGAUCAUGCACUGCCAUUGGGGCCACAUGGAGGCUCACAGAUGAACAGGGUUGA